AUGUCAACGCUGACGCUGGACGGCCUGGCAGCCUUGCUCUCUAGGAUUGGAGCUGGCCCGAUUCCUUCCAUCGCCGGAGAACCUCCAGUGGCACACCCUCUCCAUCGACCCAUCGACAUUUACCGGGCCUUCGUUGCGGAUGUCCUGGCCCGACUCGCAGGUUGUGAGACGCAUGUGGCAUACGAGUCGCUCCAGAUUCCCGGCACCCCAGCGAACGGGGACUUGGUGUUGCCAGUGCCUCGUCUGCGCAUCAAGGGCAAGAAGCCCGCCGAACAAUGCGCCGAGCUUGCGACUGCGUUUCCAGACAACCACCCGCUCUUCCAGAAACCCGUUGCCGCCGGCAUCCACCUCCCUUUCUUCUUCACUCCGUUGUCCCUCCCGCGGCUCGUCCUUCCCUACAUCUUCCAGCGCCAACAAUCCUACGGCAAUGAUCCCGACGUCGGACUGCGCAACCAUGCGGCCCCGGACCAGGGUCGCAAGAAGGUCAUAGUGGAGUUCAGUUCCCCCAACAUCGCCAAGGAAUUCCAUGCCGGACACCUCCGGAGCACCAUCAUCGGCGCCUUCAUUGCCAACCUCUACGAGACGAUGGGCUGGGACGUGGUCAAAGUGAAUUACUUGGGCGACUGGGGAAAGCAGUUUGGCCUGUUGGCCGUCGGAUGGCAACGUUUUGGAUCCGAGGAGGAGCUGGCCCGUGAGCCGCUCAAGCACCUCCUCGACGUCUACGCGAGGAUCAACGCAAUCGAAUCUCGGGGCUUGUUCGCGGAGCGCAAUGCCUUCUUCAGCCGUAUGGAGGCCGGCGACCAGGAGGCCAUGGCACUGUGGCGCCGCUUCCGCGACAUCAGCAUCGACCGCUACAUUGCAACCUACGGCCGGCUCAACAUCGACUUUGACGAGUACUCUGGCGAAUCUCAAGUCAACAAGGCCACUAUUGAGCGGGUUGAGUCUGUUCUUCGAGAGAAAGGUAUCUAUGAACAGAACAAGGGCUCUUGGGUUAUCGACUUCGAAAAGCACGGCUCCAAAGGCCUUGGUCUAGCCGUUGUCCGCGGUCGCACUGGUACUACGACCUACCUCCUCCGCGAUGUCGCCGCUAUCCUCGACCGCGCGGAGAAGUAUGCCUUCGACAAGAUGAUCUACGUCGUCUCGACCGAACAAGACCUGUACUUCCGCCGCGUUUUCCGCACCGUUGAGCUCAUGGGCCGCCCCGACCUCGCCGCACGCCUGCAACACGUGAAUUUCGGCAAGGUCAUGGGAAUGUCCUCGCGUCUCGGGAAUGUGCAGCUGCUGGGCGAUAUCCUGGACCAGUCGCGCGAGGCGAUGCAUGAGGUCAUGCGCCGCAACGAGGUCAAGUACUCCCAAGUGGAAGACCCGGACGCCGUGGCGGAGAAGGUUGGCAUCUCGGCGGUCAUGGUCCAGGACAUGUCCGGCAAGCGCAUCAACAACUACCCCUUUGACAUCGGCCGCAUGACGUCCUUUGAGGGCGACACGGGCCCGUAUCUACAGUACUGCCACGCGCGGCUCAACUCGAUUCUGCGCAAGGCCGGCCUCACCAGACAAGACCUCGUCGACCAUCUCGAGAACCAUCCCGACAGCUUGGACGCGGAUGUUCUCGGGGACAAGCCCCACGCGGCCGACCUGCUCCGGCUGAUGGCGCAGUACCCGGACGUGACGGCCAUGGCGCUCAAGACGCUGGAGCCGUCGACCAUUCUGACGUACUUGUUCCGUUUGGCGCACCAGCUCUCGUCGUGUUAUGACGUCCUGCAGGUUGUGGGCGCCGAAGGUGGCAUGGACGUGGUGCGUGCGCGGGCGGCGCUGUAUGAGGGGGCGAGGCAGGUGCUGGAGAGAGGGAUGCGGUUGUUGGGGUUGAAUCCCGUUGAGAGUUUACCCAAAGCUUUUCUUAAUUCGCUGGCCUUUUAGAUUUUUGGAAGGCGUUGUUUGCCCGUUCAACUCGAGAUAUUGGCUAAGGAUCGCCACUCUUCAGGCGCCGUGCCUACGAAUAACCCAGAUCGGGAGGAAGUAUAUAACCGGGGACGGGAAUCGCACUUGGUUUCGUCCUGGGGCUGUCAUUAGGAUAGUGUUAUAGAACGACGUUGAUCCCGAGGAGACAAGCACGGAGAUUCAACUUGUAUGUUCUCUCACCUGCAAUAUUGUUUACCUCCGGAGAGGGGCGGGGGGGGGGAGGUUAAUGACUUCACACUUCUGGGAGAAGUUUG